UUGUGUGUUUUCGUGCGUGUGCAGCAGUUCCAUCAUCUGAUUGACAUUUUGUUCCGCUUCCUCCUGGAGACCAAAGAGGCGGAGAGAUUCAUGCAGCAGAUCAACGAGUUUGCAGGGGAUCAUGGGAUGAGCGCUGGACCGCUGAGAAACUUAAUGAAGAGCAUCCUCCUGGUGCCACAAGGAGCGCUGAAGAAAAACUUGACAACUGAUCAGAUCAGAGAAGACCUGGUGACAUUAGGUCUACAUGAAGACAAAGCAGCUCACUUUUCACAGCGGUGGGGGGAGCACCGGGAGACUCUGUCCAGGCUCAGUCACCGACACACGCUCGCUGUGAACCAGCUAGUGGACAUGGAGUGGAAGUUUGGAGUGACUGCGGGCACCAGUGAAAUCCAAAAAGUGGGCAACAUCUUUCUGCAGAUAAAGCUGGUGGUCAGGAGGGGGAAUUCCACCGAGAACGUCUACAUGGAGCUAACCUUGCCCCAGUUUUACCAUUUCCUACAUGAACUGGAGAGGGCCAAGUCCAGCAUGGAGUGCUUCACCGGGGUGCAGGCGUGA